AUGGUUGAGGAAGAUGGCAGCAUGGGAAGAGAGAUUAAACACCGAAUUCAAUGUGGUUGGAAUAAUUGGAGAAAGGUUUCGGGAGUGAUCUGCGACAAGAGAGUGCCUGUAAAGUUGAAGGGAAAGGUACAUAAGUCUGUGGUCAGACCAGCUAUGACCUAUGGUUUAGAAACUGCACCACUGAGAAAAGUCGAGGAAAGAAAAUUGGAUGUUGCUGAAAUGAAAAUGCUCAGAUGGAUGGUGGGGGUAACAAAGAUGGACUGCAUACGGAAUAACUAUAUAAGAGGAUCACUCAAGGUAACAGAAAUAUCAAAGAAUGUUCAGGAAUCAAGACUGCGAUGGUAUGGACACCUGCUAAGAAGAAACGAAGAUCAUGUAUACGCCGAGAACACACAGGCCAACACCGAGAAGUUAAUUGCUAGUUUUACGUCUCUUUACGACCUUAUCUCCACUUUCGGAUCCUUACAUGAUUGUGAACUAAUGUCCUACACUUAUUAUCAGGAACAGACAUGUAGUCUAAGGAGUUCUUGGUAUGGUAGCGUCGUGGUGGACAUGAGGUCAACUUCUAUGGGCGAGGGGAGAAAGGUAAGCGUGAGUCAAGAGCAGGACACAGACUACGAGGGAGUCUAG